AUGCCUUCAGAUGCCCUGAAGGAGCUAGCCUUUCUUUCCCCAUACAGACUUCCCAGCAACAACACUGCCAAAUACCAAGAAGCCGCUCUCUUUCCAAACCCAUCCGACGCUCUCCCUAAGGAUGCUCUUCUGGUGUGGGUUCCAACAGAGACCAGGAAAAGGCAUCAGACUCCCCUGGAGCUGGAGUUACAGGUUGUUGUCAGCUGCCCAACAGUAGGUGCAGGGGACCAAACCCAGAUCCUUGAGGACAACUUUGUGUUCUUGGUUCUCUCUUUACAUGGGUUCCUGGAAUGCAAUCAGGUUGAUCAGGCUUACUGGGCAAGUGCAUUCCUGUAUCACCUGAGCUCUAUCACUAGCUCUAUUUCCGUAUUACUCAAGCGGCGCUCCCGCCCCGCCUCGCCCCGCCUCGCCCCGCCCCGCCCCGCCCCGCCCCGCCUCGCCCCGCCCCGCCUCGCCCCGCCUCGCCCUGCCCCGCCUUGCCGCCCGGCCCCGCCCCGGCAAUCCACUCUGGGGAAAGUAAGGCGGGACUUCCUGUAUUUGAAAAACUUCCGGCGGGAACCGGAAGGUUCUGCAACAGAACGCCAGUCUACAUACACGCCAGGCCGGAAGAUGUCUUCAUUGCCAAGAAGAGCAAAAAUACAGGCCCAAAAUGUGGAAUCCAAAAAUGAAUUGUCUUUCUUCUCUGAGAUGUCAUCUGGCUCUGAAGAAGAUGACAAGGAAGAUAGUAUUUGGGAACCUCAGAAGAAAGUCCCCAGAAACUGUAAGCAGCCUGCCUCCAAGGAGUCCAAACAAAAGCAGGGGCGACGGGUGAAGAAGAACACCCCACAGAUGGAAGCUGUAUCGAAAGACCUGGCUGUUAAGGAGGAGUUGAAUAGCCCUGUAGCUAUUGUUGAUGCCAGUUUGGAAGAGAAAAAUCACAAAUUACAUACGACAAAGGCUCUGAAAACUGCAACAAAAAACCAAAAAAACUCAGUACAGAGGGCCAAAAGAAAGUUGAAAGUUGAUGAAGUAACCAGCCAAGCCAGCCCCUUAGAAGGUGGAGAUAGCAAUAUGGAGAUACCAUCAACAAGCACCACAUGGGAAGAUGUGUGCAAGAAAGAAGAAAGUGAAGACGACUUCACGUUUGGUCAGUCCCCUUUGAAGAGGCUGAAGACUGAGGCCUGUCCUCAGGGGAAGCCUGUCAAGUUUCCUGACGGUGCCAGCAGCAUUAAAGAGGAGGUGGAGAUGAACUGGGACAUAGUGCAGGUUUUAUCUGAGAGAACUAAUAUUGAACUUUGGGUUUGUGCCAAUAUCAUACGCCUCUUUAAUGAUGACAAUACUAUUCCCUUCAUUAUACGCUACCGAAAAGAGCUCGUUAAUAACCUCGAUGCUGAUUCCUUGAGAGAAGUUCGCCAGACCCUAGACGAGCUACGGGCGGUUGCAAAGAAGGUUCAUAGUACAAUCCAGAAAAUUAAGAAGGAGGGGAAGAUGUCUGAGUGCUUGCUAAAAGCCUUGUUGAACUGUAAAACAUUUGAAGAACUAGAACACGUGUCUGCUCCAUAUAAAACGGGGAGCAAAGGCACCAAAGCCCAGAGAGCAAAACAGCUGGGACUAGAAGGAGCAGCGCGGCUACUGCUGGAAAACCCGGGACCAGCUCAACCUGUUGUCUUAUGUCAAGCCUGGUGUUAAAGGCCUUUCCGAACUCAAGGAUAUUGAGACAGGAAUACAACACAUUUUAGCAGACAUUAUGCUAAAGACAAGGACAACGCUUAACUUCAUUCGGGACUUGUGCCAACAUAGAUACAUUUGUAUCCAGUCAUCGCUUUGCAAAAGUAUCCUCAAAAAAAGUAAAUGAGAAAGAUGUUGGUAAGUUUCAACUUUACCAGAACUUUUCCUGCAACAUAAAGAACAUCCACCAUCACCAGAUUCUGGCCAUUAACCGUGGAGAGAAUUUGAAGAUACUGACAGUGAAGGUCAACAUUUCUGAUGGGGUGAAAAACGAGUUCUGUAGGUGGUGCCUACAAAACAGAUGGAGGCCACGUGGCUUGCACGGCCAGAGUUAUGUCAGAUCUACGUAAUUCCCUG